CGCCCCCGCCCCGCCCGUCGGAGGCUCCAGCGGCCAUGGCUGCGCGGGGUCAGGGCUGCGGCCCGGGCCGGCCGCUCCGGCUGCGGCUGCGGCUGCCGCUGUCCCUGUCCCUGUCCCUGUCCGUGCCGCUGUCCCUGUCGCUGCUGCUGUCGCUGUCCCUGUCGCUGUCCCCGCCGCCGUCCCCGCCCGCGCCGGAGCCGCUGCUGGAGGCCGCUCCGCGCUGGGGCUGGCGGAACGUGUCGUGCCCGGCGUGCCGGCUGCUGUUCGGGGCGCUGGACCUGGCGCUGCAGCUGGAGCCCAACGUGGCGCGCGUGGGGCGCGUGGCGUCGCGGCUGUGCCAGGCGCUGCGGCUGGCACGCCCCGAGGUGUGCCGGGACGCCGUGCGGCUGUUCCAGCGCGACGUGGUGGCGGCGUGGGCGCGCUCGGUGCUGCGGCCGGCCGAGGCCUGCGGGCUGCUGCUGGGGCCGCGCUGCGGCCACUGGGACAUCUUCGGCGACUGGAACGUCACGCUGCCCGACACCCCCAAGCCGCCGGUGCGGCCCCCGGCGCCGCCGCCACCCGGCGCGCCCGUCGCCCGCGUGCUGUUCCUCACCGACCUGCACUGGGACCGGCGCUACACGCCGGGCAGCGCCGCCGCCUGCCCCGACCCGCUGUGCUGCCGCGGCACCGCGCUGCCCGGCCCCGGCGGCGCCGGCUUCUGGGGCGAGUACGGCAAGUGCGACCUGCCGCUGCACACCAUCGAGCUGCUGCUGGCGCAGCUGCCCGGCGCCGCCUUCGCCGCCGCGUACUGGACGGGCGACAUCCCGGCGCACGACGUGUGGCAGCAGAGCCGGCAGGACCAGCUGCUGGCGCUGCGCACCGUCACCGCGCUGCUGCGCCGGCACCUGGGGCCGCUGCCCGUCUACCCGGCCGUGGGUAACCACGAGGCCACCCCGGUCAACGCCUUCCCGCCGCCAUACGUGCACGGCAACCAGUCCGCGGCCUGGCUGUACGACGCCAUGGCCGAAGCCUGGCGGGACUGGCUGCCCGCCCCGGCGCUGGACACCCUCCGGGCCGGCGGGUUCUACACGGCGCAGGUGUGGCCGGGGCUGCGCGUCGUGUCCCUCAACAUGAACUUCUGCUCCCAGGCCAACUUCUGGCUGCUCAUCAACGCCACGGACCCCGCGGGGCAGCUGCAGUGGCUCGUGGGGGUCCUGGCGGCCGCCGAGCGCGCGGGGGACAAGGUGCACAUCAUCGGGCACAUCCCCCCCGCGCACUGCCUGCGCAGCUGGAGCUGGAACUACUACAGGAUCGUCAGCAGGUUUGAGGGCACCAUCGCGGCUCAGUUCUUCGGGCACACGCACGUGGACGAGUUCGAGAUGUUCUACGACGAGGAGACGCUGACCCGUCCGGUCUCCGUCGCCUUCGUGGCCCCGAGCGUCACCACCUACAUCAACCUCAACCCCGGGUACCGCGUGUACGAGGUGGACGGGCCGUACCCCGGCAGCUCCGGGGCCGUGCUGGACCACGAGACCUUCAUCCUGAACCUGACCGAGGCCAACGCGCCCGGCGCCGCCCCGCGCUGGCGGAGCCUGUACCGCGCCCGCGCCGCCUACGGGCUGCCCGGCGCCCUCCCCGCCGACUGGGACCGGCUGCUGCGCCGCUUCCAGGACGACGAGCGGCUGUUCCAGCGCUUCUGGUUCCACCUGCACAAGGGGCACCCGCCCCGCGAGCCCUGCGGGGCCGCCUGCAAGGCCGCGCUGCUCUGCGCGCUGCGCACCGGCCGCUCCGCCGACCCCGCGCUCUGCCGCCCGCUGCGCCCCGCGCUGCCCUUCCCGCACGUGCUGCGGCUCUGGCGCCAGCGCCGGCUCUGCUGAGCCGGAUCGGUGCCGGGUCCGCUGAGCCGGAUCGGUGCUGGUUCUGCUGAGCUCGGACCGGCGCCGGCUCUGCUGAGCCGGAUCGCUGCCGGGUCCGCUGAGCCGGAUCGGUGCUGGUUCUGCUGAGCUCGGACCGGCGCCGGCUCUGCUGAGCUGGGACCAGCGCCGGCUCUGCUGAGCCGGAUCGCUGCCGGCUCCGCUGAGCCGGAUCGCUGCCGGGUCCGCUGAGCCGAGUCGGUGCCGGGUCCGCUGAGCUGGGACCGGCGCCGGCUCUGCUGAGCUCGGACCGGCACCGGCUCUGCUGAGCUGGGAUCAGCGCCGGCUCUGCUGAGCUCGGACCAGUGCCGGCUAUGCUGAGCUCGGACCGGCGCCGGCUCUGCUGAGCUGGGAUCAGCGCCGGCUCUGCUGAGCUCGGACCAGCGCCGGCUCUGCUGAGCCGGAUCGGUGCUGGUUCUGCUGAGCUCGGACCGGCGCCGGCUCUGCUGAGCCAGGAUCGGUGCUGGGAAUGCUGAGCUGGGACCAGCGCCAGCUCUGCUGAGCCGCAUCUGUGCUGGGUCCACUGAGCCGGAUCGGUGCUGGUCCCGCUGAGCCGGAUCAGCGCUGGUUCCACUGAGCUGGAUCAGCACCAUCACUGCUGAGCCGGACCAGUGCUGGUUCUGCUGAGAUGGACCAGCGCUGGUUCUACUGAGCUGGAUCAGCGCCAGCUCUGCUGAGCUAGAUCAGUGCUGGUUCUGCUGAGCCAGGAUCAGCACCAGCUGUUUGACCAGGAUCACCACUGACUCUGCUGAGCCGGGAUCAACGCUGAUUUCACUGAGCCAGAUCAGCGCCGGCUCUGCUGAGCUGGGCCCAGCGCCAGGGCUGGGGUCCCUGUGUGUCCCUGUGCUUCCCCCGGCACAAUAAACAUGUGAUGGACCCCGCGGCUCCUGCGCCGGGUCCUGCUCUCA